AUGUCGUGGGGCGGUUUCAAAAAAGCAAUUAACAGAGCCGGUGGCGCUGUCAUGGUGAAGGAUGUUGAUAAGACCAUCGACAAGGACUUUGACAUGGAGGAAAGGAGAUAUAAAGUGCUCAAGACGGCGGGACAGAACUUGCAAAAAGCUUCCAAGGGAUACUUGGACUCGCUCAGAGCGGUGACAGCGUCGCAGGUGACCAUUGCUGAGAUUGUGCUGAACUUGUAUGAGGAGGCCAGACAGGGAGGGUCAGUGUAUGCUAACGUGGGACAGUAUUACAUGCAAUGUGUACGGGAGCUAGACGAGGAGACGGUGAAGCAGGUGGACGGACCGUUCCGAGAAACGAUUUUGGACCCCGUGACGAAGUUUGCCAGUUACUUUACUGAGAUUGACGAGGCUGUCAAGAAGAGAGCUCACAAGAAAACCGAUUACGACCAGUGUAAGGCCAAGGUGAGACGGUUGAUCGAUAAACCAGCCAAGGACGCUGCCAAAUUGCCCCGUUCCGAGAAAGAAUUGGCCAUGGCUAAGGAUAUCUAUGACGAAUUGAAUGAGCAAUUAAAGAGAGAGUUGCCCCAGCUUAUUGCGUUGAGAGUGCCAUUCUACGAUCCAUCGUUCGAGAGUUUGGUCAAGAUUCAGUUAAGAUUUUGUACGGAGGGAUACUCGAGGUUGGCCCAAUUGCAGCAAUACUUGGACCAGGCGUCCAGAGACGAUUACGCCAACGGUGUGUUGGACGGCAAGAUCGACGACAUGUUGCUACAGAUGAACUCCUUGAGUAUCACCAGCUUGGGACAGAAGUAA